CCGUGCCCCCCUUUCCCCUCCCCGCCCCUGGCGCCUCAAGGGCCUGCUCAAGCGUGUGGGGAGCUUCAGCGCCAGCCGGGGCACGGCGUGCGGCCUGCAGAGAGCCGCGUCUCUGCUGAGUGCGCUGGGGGCUGGCUCCCGCCGCCGCCUGCGUGGCCUUGUUGCCUCGUGCGAGGCUGCAGAUCCUUCUUAAAACACCUUGAAAAGGGAGGUGGAGGUUACGCCUGGGGAGCGCGGGUUCGGUUUCCUGCUUAACAUACUGCUUGAGGACGAGGUGGAUGGGCCCCAGUCUCUGGUUGCGUGGUGAUGUGUUCCCCCUUGGAAAACCGUACGUGCUGGUGUCUGUCUGUACGGCCUGUCAUGCCCAUGUAAACGCCAAGAGUCCAGACUCGGGAACACCCCAGGCAAUUUGCAGGGGGAGGAGAAGCUGGCUGUCAGCCCUGUAUCACCUCUUCUGCAAGCCCAGGGGUGUCCAAUGAGGGUUGGUUUGCACGCCUGAGCUCAGACAAGGCAGUUGAACAAGAUUUAGAGGUUCUUAACAGACACCAGAGGAGAAAGACCCAUGCUUUGCUCUGCCUUUCUUCAGCUGAUGCCCUUUCCGCUUCUCUGUCCAUGUUGUGCAAGCAGCUGGGAUCCAGUUUUCACAGAGCUGGAUCUCUGGGUUUGCUGUUGGGGCAGAGGGUUUGGAUGUAGGCAUGCUGCACCCCCUUAUCCUCCAUUCCUAUCUGGGAUUUCAGCAGGAUUUGCAUCUUCCAUCUUUCCCCCUUUUUCUCCUCCUCCAAUGAUUUUUUUCAUCCCUGAACAGAGGGUAGAUUUAACCCUCUUCAUGCCAUGGGUACCUGGGAUACUUGGCUGAUCUGUGAACAAACCCUUAAACUUCUGUGGGAAAAGGCUCUCUCCUGCUUGGCAGGGCACUCUUCUGAGAACUGAGCUGAAAUGUUUGACAUGGUAAAAUGAAGUUGUUACAAAACCACAAACAUUUCCAGUCCCAGCGUGUCUGAGGGUACCUGGGUGAGUCAGGCUGUGCUGUGCAUGGGUUUUUCCCAUUCUGGUUGUAAGCAGGUGUGUCAGGAGCUGCAUGUUCGAAUGGAGCCAUCAGGUUUGGGGUGUGUGACCCCUGCCCUGGAGCAGACUGUGACUGAUGCUCUUUCCUCAUUUUUGUUACUACAGAACCUGAAGGCAAACAAAGAGGCUGAAAGUGAUAUGGCUCUUGUGAACGCAGCUUUGGAGGCACAAGGAACUCAAAGAUUUAUUCACUAAACUGGAAAAGGGGGGAGGUGGAAGGAUGAGCUUUGAGGAGUUGCAGUUUGGCUUGUUCAGCCACAUGACCACCUUUUUCUAAGGUACGUCAACAUCUCUCAAGCAGCCAAGACUCAGCAAUUCAUGGGGCCAGUUGAAAGGCAGAAAGCUUUCUUUGUAAAAAGGAUCCUGGUUGAUGGCCUUGAUCUGCAGCUCCUUGGAGGUCAUUUCCUUAACUUUGGCAUCAGAGUGCGCAGGGAAGCAGUCCAUCCGUCCAGCCAAGCUGUGUGGACCCACAUCUCUUCUCCAGCAUCAGCAACAGCAAUAGAUUUGCCAAACCUGAAUUUGUUAUUGCCAUUUGAGCCCUGGAAGAACUUAGAGGAGAUCCUCAAGAGGCUGAGUAGCAGCACAGGGGUGCAGGUGAGCCUGGCAGAGCUACCCACAGCUUUGGACAACACACUCAUGGUCCCCAGGAGCGGGCUUCAGCAUGCAGCCGUCGCCUCCUAUGGAUACAAACUGCAGUGCCUCAGGAUCCAGGUGAGGCAGAUCGCCAGGGAGAGGGACAAGGCGAGGCUGGACUUGGAGAAAGUGGAGGGUCACUGCCUGCAGCUUGGCAGGGAGUUGGACGAGCAGUACGUCGCGCUCGAGCACACCCAGAGCAAGCUCAAGGAUUUUCAGGCAGAAAUAGAGGCAAAAGAGCUGCUUUUGCAGCAAGCAGUCAGUCACCAAGCGAAGCUGGAGGCUGAUACACAGUUCCUCCAGGGCAAAGAGGCCAGCCUGCAAGGGAGACUGAACCACGUAAUGAAGGAGAACACACAGCUGCAAAACAAGGUCACGGAGAUGGCUGAGAAACUGGUGGCCUCUGAGAAGCUGGUGUUGGAGCUGCAGAAAGAACUCAACUGCGUUGUGAAGGACAAGCUGGGCCAGGUGGAGCCCCACAGCCCAGAGCUCCUGAACCAGAGUGAGUGCUUUGCAGAGAUUGUCCUGGAAUACGAGCGGCAGUGCCAGGUGCUGUGGGACCAGAAUGAAGUGCUACAAAGGGAGCUGGAAAGGCUGCGUCUCCAGCUACGGGAGAGCAGGGCUGAGAGAGGGCCGCCAGCAGGAGGCCUGUCCUCACAGGGCUUCUUUCUGUCAGUGUGCCGCUCUCCCAGCCCUCCGGUUUCCACUUCUCCGUGCACACAGACAUCACUCUCAAUGGAGCAGCUCCAAGAGCAGCUGUGGGACCUGAAGGUGCAGCUGGAAACCAAGGUGAGAGGUGUGGGAGGAGAUGUCCUGACCUCUUGGCACAACUGCUUGAUAAACUAUUACGAGAAGGAAAUCGAGUUAAUGAGGAAAAACUUUGAGAGAGAGAGGAAGGACAGUGAGGAAAGCUUCAAGGCUGAGAUGCGCAAGAUGGAAGACCAGAAAAGAGACCUGGAAGAAACAGUUGCAAAGUACUGGGCUGUAACUGAUAGCCUGAAAGAGCAAAAAUGUGUGUGGAGCCUGGAGCUGGAGGAGAGGUUUGAGGUGGACCAGGCCAGGGUGGGACAACAGCACACUGAAGACAUUUACCAUCCAGGGCAGCAGCUGGACCAGGAGGGAGAAGAGCUGAGGACGCAGCGCAGGGACAGAGAGAGACUGAGGGGAGAGCUCUGCCAGCUGCUGGAGGAGAACAGCUUGCUGAAAAGUCAACUUGGGAGACUCCAGCAAGAGCUGAGGCUAGCAAAGGAGAGGGGCAGCAACCAUGAUGUGAAAAACGUGAGCAAGUUGGGCAGAGAGAAGGUGGAGGAGCUGGCUGAAAUAGCAGAGUUAACAGCAUCGGGUGAGAAGAGCAAGGGGGAUGUCUCCCACCUGAAUGUCAAGAUGCAUCAGCUGGGCUGUGAACUCACUGAGCGCAAGGCCAGUCAUGGUGCUGGCCCUGGCACUGUCCAGCUGCAGAGCCAGAGGCUUGCUGAGGCUGAGCGGCUACGAGGAGCAGAGAUGGCUGCAAGGCUGGAGCACCACCAGCAGCAUGCAGCGUGUUGGAUGGAGACAGAGCUGCUCCAACAGCAGCUCAGGGCCUCACAGGAGAAGCUCUUAGAAGCCAAAGCGAACCUGAGCCUGGCCCAGACCCGGCAUGCUCUGCAGUUGCAGCAGGCCAAGGCCCGGAUGAACAAUGUGGUGCCAAAGAAACAGUUUGAGCAGCUGCAAACCAGCUUGAGAGAGGAACAGUGCAAGGCUCAGCAGCUCCAGGAAAACCUCCACCGGCAGGCUGAGCAGACAUGCAGGCAGCUGGUCAGGAUCCAGGAGGAACACGAGCGUCUGCUGCAGGCAGCCGUGGAGCAGGCAGAGGGGCUGGAACACAACCUGAGAAGUGCGGAAGCUGUGCUGGCAGAGAGGGCGGCUCAACUCAAAGAUGCCCAGGCCCAAAUCUCCAGGAACAAACUGCUGAUUGAAGACCUCCGUGAGGAGAACAGGGGGUUUGCAAUGGCCCUACAGGUGGCUGAGCUGAAGCAGAAGAGCACUGAGGAGAAGAACCAGCUGUUGGAGGAGCAAGCCUCAGCUCUGAAGCAGCUUAUCGGAAAAAUCACGCCAGCAUCUCUGAGUGGGUGAUGGGGCACCCACUGUGGUAGCCCUGCCCCUGGUCCUGGCUGGGGUUUGUCAGAUGGAGAAGGGGAGGUGUGGCUGGGUUGGGAAAUCAGCCUUGUCCUCCCUGGUCUUGCCAGGAUUUUCCUGGGUAGAAAGUAGAAAAUGGAGAAACCAGACAGUCCUUUAAGGAAAUUGGUCCUGUGGUAGCUGAAUUUUCCUGCUGAACACACCAGCUUUGGUGCCUUUCUUGGUGGCCGAGUAUGCUGUUGUAAGUCAGGUCUGUCUCAGGGCAGCCAUCCCACAGGAGCUGCCUGCACUCUGGCAGCGUGUUUGGUGGUGGUGUGGAUGCUCCCCCUCUGUGGAGGGUUGCUGUUGGGGCCACGCUGUUACAGCUGGAAAGCCAGGGCAGGAGGGCUUGCAGGUUCCUGCACCUGGCUCACUCUAAGCAGGAAAGCUGUGUUGUGGCAUUAAAAUGUUUGCAGUAUUACAGCA